ACUAGCGUUGAGGAUUAGCAUUGAGACGAGGAGGAAGACGAGGACGAGUCAAGGACAAAGACAAGGCAAAGACAAGGACAAAGACAAGGACAAGGACAAGGACAAGGACAAGGACAAGGACAAGGACAAAAACAAAGACAAAGACAAGGACAAGGACAAGGACAGGGACAGGGACAGGGACAGGGACAAAGACAACGACAAAGACAAGGACAAGGACAAGGACAAGGACAAGGACAAGGACAAAGACAAAGACAAGGACAAGGACAAGGACAAGGACAAAGACAAGGACAAGGACAAAGACAAAGACAAGGACAAGGACAAGGACAGGGACAAGGACAAAGACAAAGACAAGGACAAGGACAAAGACAAAGACAAAGACAAAGACAAAGACAAAGACAAAGACAAAGACAAGGACAAGGACAAGGACAAGGACAAAGACAAGGACAAGGACAAGGACGAAAACGAAGAUGAGGGCAAAGACGAGGAUGAAGACAAGGACGAGGGCGAAGACGAGAACGAAGACGAAGACGAGGACAAAGACGGGGACGAAGAUGAAAACGAGGAAGAAGACGAAGAGGAGGACGAGGACUGGACGAGGACGAAGACGAAGACGAAAACGAAGAUGAAGACGAGGACAAGGACGAAGAGUAAGAGGAAAAUGGAGAUGAAGACAAGGAUGAAAACGAAUGAGAGCUGAAAUUAUCUGCUGUAUGAAAGUGCUCCUAAUAGAUUAAUUUGGACAGUUCGCACUGAAUGCUUUGUUCUUGCCGUUCUGUGAACUUCUUGCGUUCGGUAGGCAAUAGAUGCUUUGAAAAACGCUAAUCAAGUUAAAUCUUAUCAGGGUUAAAUCUGUUGUAGAAUUUGAUUUUAUCAAGGGUUUUAGUUUUUAGCUUAAUUGCAUUAUUCUCAUUUUGGUGUCAAGUGUAGUCAUUGCCUCUCUCUCUGUGCAAAAGUACUGCUUGACUGACAUUGUACUUUUAUGUAAAUUAACUUUCUUUCUUGUUAUCUUUGUCUUUUGGCCUUCUUUUCUAGUUUCACUUAAAAGCAAAACUCGGAAAUUUUUGUCUUUCUUGCGUCUAAGCUUUUUUCACGGCAUUAAAUAUGCAGUUGAAGUUGAGGUGCUAUUUUGGAGGCUUUGAUACCACGAUUCAAUUAAUAUAGAGGUUCAGAAAUGAGAAACUUUGGGGACUAGGUCUUGAGCUAAGACCUUUAUAAAAAGUUGUGCAAUGAAUAUUCGUGUAAUGGGGAUAAGUCGAAAGUUAUGACGACUUAUACAACUCUUACGUCACAUAUUUUUCUAGUUAUAUUCAGAGGGGGGAAGAUAUUUGGGUUGAUUCGCCCCUUUCACACAAUCACCGACCCGACACCACAAUGCUUUCAUAAAUCAUGACCAUCAACAAUAGGCAACUUGCGCUUGACACCAUGACAUAGUGUCUGAAGUUUUUUGCAAUAGCACGGACAAACUUUGUUCAGAAUUGACCCAGACAUGGAUUCCAUUCUUUAAAAGGAAAUGACAGUAAUUUCUUUGGACUAGCCUGAGUUCCAGACCUCAAACUUAAAGUAUUAGGGCUCAGGCUACUUUGGACUUGCUCCAUAUUUUUGGGGGAUCCAGUUCCUCCCCCCAUCCACCGGGACUAACGGCCCUGCUGAUAGCUAUGGGUAUGGGUAACGCUUUAUGAAAAUUAAUUUAUAAAAGCAAGAAAAUCAAUAAUAUGCUUGGUCUAAUUAGGAAAAACAUGAAGCUA